GAUAUGGAUACAGUUUCCCAGCGACAAUGACAACGGCAAUGGCAAUGGAGGCGAGCUCUGUGCUGCGCUCUUCUUCAUCUUCCUCCUCGUAUUCCAUCGUCUCUUCUUCUCCGAAGCAGCCCCAAUUUGUUUUGAGUUUCAACCUUCGCCCCUGUUGUUUCCCCAAGAAAUGCCCAUUUCUUGCUUUUUUUCCUCAAACCCGGGCUUUUCGCCGCCACAACUCCAUCCUUCGUGCUUCUACUUCUGCCAUCGUCGUCGGUGAAGAGGUCUCUUCCGGCUCUGCCUUCUCCUCCUCCUCCUCCUCGUCUUCGCCGGAAUUGAUGCCGAAAAUCGACAAGAGCGGGAGGUUCUGCAGCCCCAGAGCCGCCAGAGAGCUCGCUCUGUCUAUUCUUUACGCCGCGUGUUUGGAAGGUUCCGACCCACUCCGCCUCUUUGAGAAGCGAAUGAAUGUCCGAAGAGAACCAGGCUUCCUGUUUGACAAAACAUUGUUAACCAAAUACAAUCAAAUGAGCUUCGCUGGUCCGCCUGUCACAGUUGACACUGUUGAGGAAGCGGAUGAGCUUAUCCGCAAGGAUAACGAAGAGUCUGAAAUUGAAGUGGAGGUACUUUCAGCUCCUCCCAAGCUGGUAUACAGCAAGCUCAUAUUGCGCCUCACAAGGAAACUUCUAGUAGCAGUUGUAGAUAGGUGGAACAGUCAUGUCCUUGUUAUUGACAAAGUUGCCCCAUCUAAUUGGAAGAAUAAGCCAGCGGGCCGAAUCUUGGAGCUCUGUAUUCUUCACAUGGCAAUGUCUGAAAUAUCAGUGGUUGGAACAAGGCACCAAAUAGUCAUCAAUGAGGCUGUUGAUCUUGCGAAACGCUUCUGCGAUGGUGCAGCCCCUCGCGUUAUCAAUGGUUGCCUCGGGACGUUUGUCAAGGAUGUUGGUGAAAAUGGUAUCAUAGCUCUGGGGUCCGAAAAUAAGCAGGCACUGUUGAGCUAAUCUGGGAUAUGAUGAUGUAAUCCAAGGUAUGGAGUUAGCUCUGACGCUGGAGAAUCUCAACAAGAGCCUCCUUCUCUUGGACACACGGGGAGGGAGAUGAGAUUCAGAUCUCUUUAAAAGUAGAGGAAAAAAUUUCUUUUUAUCUUUAUAUGUAUGAUGGUGCAAGUACAUUUAUUGACAUGCUUGGUCUGCUAGAAAUAGAAUUGAUGGGGAAUUUUAUAUGUUAA